UUAAAAUGUCGUACCUUUCGCUACAGUUGACACUCUUCAGGUUUGCACAUGACCCCCUGCCACUCUUUCAUGAUUACUGGGUUCAUUUCCUCAUUGCUUGAACUUUGGAAGUAAUCAUCAGAGUGCAAACGUUAACUAUUGGUACACUUAAUCUGAUAAGGUAAUAGUGUCAGUGAAAGUGUUUUUAUAUCAAAGCAAAGAUAGAAAGAUAAGAAACAGUAUAUAAGAGCUGAGCUGUUCAGCAUCUCCACACAGGAAGCUUCAAGAGGACACUGAGAGGAAAGAAGAGAACAUAAUCCAUUCAUCUUUUUCAAUAUCUGAAACAACUCAGCCAUGAAGACGGCCAUUAUGUUUCUACUCGUCUGGGCCGUGAUGGCCCUGACUAACGCUGCUGCUGUUCCAGAGGCAGAGCCCGAUCACAUGACAGGGGAGGCAGCUUUUGAAGAGGCUUUUCCAGAAGCAGAGCCUGGUGAGGAAAUGACAGAGGAGGCACUGCUUCAAGAAGCUUUUCCAGAAGCGGAGCUCGAGGAGGAAAUGACAGAGGAGGCAUUGCUUCAAGAAGAUGAUGGUCUCGUCAGGUCAGGAGGUUGUCCCAGUGGUUGGACACGCUACGAGACGCGCUGUUUCCGGUUCUAUGUAUCACAAUUGGCAUGGGCUAUAGCAGAGAGAAACUGUCGGACUCGGGGUGGAAACCUUGCAUCAGUGCACAGCUAUGCUGAGUAUAACUUUAUUAAGGGACUGAUAUCGAGGGUGACUCAUGGUCAACCAGAAACAUGGCUUGGAGCCUCAGAUGCACAAUACGAGGGUGUUUGGCUCUGGAGUGACAGCUCACAUUUCAGUUUCACUAACUUUUGUCCAGGAGAGCCAACCAACUAUCGUCACCAGCACUGUCUUCAGAUGAACUUUGGAGGUGGAAAGUGCUGGGACGAUCUCUGGUGUUGGCAUCAUCGCCCGUAUGUCUGUGCCAGGAGAAUCUGAUCAUCUAUGUUUGUCCCAGAAUCAUGAAGAGAACAACUUCUUCUAUUUUUCUGUCACCAGUUUAUAUUUGGUUUAUUAUCUCAUGUCUUAGUUUUGUAACUUUUACUGUAAUGCUUCAGAAAUGAAGAACGAGUGAUCAAUGUGUAAUGACAAAAAAAUGUAAUUUGUACUUUCUUAUUGUGAAAAGAGAACUUGUCUUUCUUGUAUCAAGAAAAAA